UUUUUUCCCAACUUUAGUUGAUUCCUACUGAUGAUGCAUGCAGAGCAUGUCCUGUCAUCGAAACUGGAUCAGCUGGAGCUUUGCUGCAAUAAAAUGAAAAUCUCCGCUCAAUUCCUGGCAGCUUUAAUGUUUAAUUUGCUUGAUGAGGACCACUUCCCACCAGAAGAAAGUACGCCGGCAGCAAAACGAGCGGGAGGGCAAGCUAUUUGCCUCCUGUUCCCCCAACCACGGGAUGUUGCGGCUAUUGGAGGAAGUGGUAAAGAACGUGGAUAGCUACAUGGUUCAGCACGAUGAUAGCCUUCGAUUGUCCUAGAUGUAGCAAGAGCUAGACACUAAUGCCUCAAGCGACACACAGAGAUCCACAACGAGAUCUCCAAGUGAUUGCAAAAGAAAUAAGUCGUAAUGGAAUGUAGGAAGAAGCACCUAAUUUGAUUUGAUUAACACCAUGAUGUGCCAUGGAACCAUUCAAAACAUAGUAUACUUUAAUAUGAGCCACCACUUUGAAACCACUUAUCACACUAUUUGCGAUUAAUCACCACCGGAUAUUGGGCAGUCGGUACUUCCUAAAUAUAAAAGCACUACUCUACCCAUCACGACCGAUUGGGUAUAUCUCCAUGGGCUGGUCAAGGCCCUGACUUGCUCCAGUUACCCAGAAAUUGCCAAAGUCCAAGUCUGCAGCUUACAGUAGCGAUUCCCAUUUGCCCAGUGAAACCAGAGCGAUGCGAGUGGGGGAUAGGAGAAUAGCAACUCCUCCACUGGAUUUCACACAUAAUCGUCCAUUCUGUGACAGCCAGUUAUAUUUGUAUGCGAGUGCUUUGGCAUUUGUUUGGUUCUCCGGGCUAUCUUAUCUAGAGUGUCGGAGUGGCCUGCGAGUGUGGAACAAUUGGAAGUGCGAUAAGCGCCCACAGAAUUCCAAACGCUUGCCCCAGUCAGUCAGUUGAAAUCGGAGCUGCCUGCGAAUUAUCCACUAUCCGUGACCGGCAAUCGCGUCGCUGAUACUGCGUCAUCCGAGUGCACCAAGGAAAAGUUUGAUAACCCCAGGAAAACACAGAAUCGGAAGACCCACAAGUGAUUCGCGGUCAACUGGUGUGCAAGGUGUGGCUGUUGUUGGAGUUGCAACUCCAUUGGGCAGCAUUCCACGAUACGGCAGGAAUAGGCUCUUGAAAAGCGGAAGAGUUCCUACACUUGACGUCACUGGGAAACGGGAGGUGAAGCAGGAGACGAAGGGAAGGGCUCUCCACUGGUCAGCUGCCUCACUGGCGCUGUGGCCAAGCCCAAGUGCAGCCAAUCGAGAAGAAGCCAGAGUGGAAAGGGUGUUGCGAACAACCCGAUAGCGCCAAGCCCAGCAUCAUGCAGACGACGACAAGUCAGCGGCCAGUAACGCCUGGCACUCCAGACUCGGCGCAUAUCGUAAUCGGCGCCGCGGGAUUCGUGGCACACGAGAGACGCCAGACCGGAAAGACCCUGAUGAAUUGCUUUCGCGAUCGUUCCACGACGUCGUCGUCAUCGUCGCAGGCCCAACACGCCUAUGUGCGUGGUCACAGCGUCACCUCGAGCACUCUGUUUCGCCUGGAGGGCAGUGGUGGCUCCAAUUGCACCUUGGACAAGGCGGGCAAGCAGGAUAGCGGGCGGCCCGAGGCGGUCGUCCUACUCAGAGAGCUGAAAACCAGACCCAACAAGCUGGCGCUGCUCAAGAGCAGCAGCAGCAAGGAUCUGACCCGCCUGUUUCUGGACGAUUCAACCAACACAGCCGUGCUGGUGUCCAACACCAGCAUAGAUGUCUGCUCCUCGAAUUCCAGCUCUGGCGGCAGUCCGGCGGUGGGCAGGUCCAAGUCCGGCAGGGAUCGCCGCAAUGGACUGGAGUGCUGCAGCAGCUGCUCCAAGCGCUGGCACGAUCUCAAGCAGCGUAUGCAUACUCUGGAGCAGGAUCUGCUCGUCCAAACCACAUACAGCCAGGAGCUGGAGCAGAAGGUGGGCGAGAUGAGUCGCCAGUUGACGGAACUGCUGCAGGAACGCGACAGGGAGAGGGACAAGGAUAAGCCGCGCUUCGCAGCCGCAGGCGGCGUUGCUGCGCCUGGCAAGCGGACUGCUCACGGCAGUCCCAAUGUCCGACCCUCGCGCCUGGUGGCCUGGAUGAACCUGUCCAAUUGGUUCAAGAGCAGACCCAGCGUGGAAACGCUGCGGGAACAGCGCAUCUUCUUCGACGAGCCCUGCUUCGAUACGGACCUGGAGAUGGUCCUCAAGCACGACCAGCACCGCACUGUGCCGCGCAUCGUUGUGGACUGCUGCGAUCUUAUCGAGCAAAAGUACCGCAGAUCCACGCAGCCCAUCGAGGGCAUCUAUCGGCAGUGCGGUGACUACAAUAAAAUCCAAACGCUGCGCUUCAGCAUCGACGCCAUCGACUACGAUUCACUGCGUCAGCCGGACGUCGAUAUACACACGUUGACCGGCGUGCUGAAGCUCUUCCUGCGCGAAAUCAAGAGUCCGCUGGUCAGUGUCAACGAGGCCAAGACCUUCAUUGGACAGCCCAAUCAGUGGUUAUUAACCGAUCUGUCAGCGAAGUUGGACUCCCUGAAAAGACUGAUUCGUUCGCUGCCGGAGAGCAACCGGGACACCAUGGAAUACAUCUUCGGGCACUUCAAUAGAAUAACCAAGGUGCCGCUGCAGCAGAUUAGCGCGGAAACGCUGUCCAUAUCGGUGACGCCGUCGAUUUUCCACACGGUGCCGCAGGGCGUCCACAUGCAGGAUAUCCAGCAACUUUUGCGCGAGGGCGAAACGCUGGCCGACUGCGUCAAGCUGAUGAUCGAGUACCAGGGGCGCAUAUUCGAUUACGUCUCAUCCAAACAAACCGCUCACCUACUGUGCUGUUGUGUCGAACGCUUUGCUAACCACUCGAAAAGAAAUCCUCAACCUGAACCCCCACUGUACCUGCCACACCUAUCCACUCCCGAAUCCAUUUCCAAUCCCGAUCACGUCGUCUACAGAUGCACCGCCGAUCGCCGCCGCCUGAGCAUGCGCAACCUGAAGAAGACUCUGUCGCAGCCGGACCUGCUCUUCCACAAUCUAUUUUAAGCUGACGUCCAUUGGAUCCUUCAUCCCAGAGAGAGAGAGAGAGAGAGAGAGUACAUAUGGAAUGACUUUAGGCCCCGCUAGCUAUUGUGUCCUAGGAUUAUUUUUUAUAUUCUUACUUUAUCAACUAACUUUUGUACUUAUGUUUACUAUUAUAAACUAAAACUUAUUGUUUCCUGAA